UUGGCAAGAUUUGAUUAUUUGAUACACAAAUUCUAAAAACAAAUAUUUCUGAUGUUGCUCUGAAUGGAAAAAUCUGACAAAAUGUUUCACCAGCCCUAUGUAGGCGACAUCCUGCAUUUAAACGUAGGAGGAAAAAGAUUUUCAACAUCCAGACAAACCCUGACACUAAUCCCAGACACUUUUUUCACUGCUCUGCUAAACGGUCGUAUAUCCAGCCUGCGAGAUGAAAAAGGAUGCAUUUUCAUCGACAGAGACCCGUCAGUGUUUGCAGUCAUUUUGAACUAUCUAAGAACAAAGGAAAUCGACCUCAAAAACACCGACUUGAAAUCCCUAAGGCACGAAGCAGAAUAUUACAAUAUCGCCCCACUUGUAAGAAGACUAAUGCUCUGCGAGGAAUUAACCCAAUCCACUUGCGGCGAUGUUUUGUUUUACGGCUACCUGCCACCUCCAGCGGUCCCUUUGCAGGAUUCGCAAUGCGUUAUGGUUGAAACCACUGGCGUGCACAGACCUAGAUUACCCGAGGGAGAAAUCGAUCAGAGUCAAUCUGAACCGGAAAGCAAUCCUAGCACUAGCAACCAUGGUACUAUUAAGCCACAAGGACACUCCAGAAAUUCUUCGUUAGAGCUACGCCUUCAAGCCGGACUUCAAGCUAAUUACAGCAGAAGCUCUCAGGAUUUGAGAGGCGUGUCCAAUAGGCAACAUUCUAGGACAGCUUCGUUGGAUUUGAGGCACGCUAGAAAUUCGUCUGCCGAUUUGAAUAAGUUGGUUAGGAACGAUUUGGGAUUAAUUUUUGGAACAUCAAAUUCUAUGUGGGCAGAUCCUUUGAGAGUGCAAAUAAUAAAAGCCCAUCAAAAUUGGAUUGUUGUGGCGUAUGCUCAUUUUGUAGUGUGUUACAGAUUAAAAGACUCUAGUGGUUGGCAGCAAGUUUUCACCAGCCCUCACAUAGAAAGCUCCAUAGAACGAAUCGCGAUAAACGCAAAAAUGGGCUCAACAGAAACUUCAAAAAUGGUUGCAAUAUCCUACGGAAGCCAAGUCAGGCUUUGGGGCAUUUCUGAUACAGGGGCCCGUACAAAUGUUGGAACUUUCAAUCUAAUGGUCAGAGUGGAAUACUUGUUUUUCAUUGGCAGUCAGUUGGUGGCUUUGUCGCCUUCUGGCAAAUUAGGCGUGUGGCAUGCCAUGACUCAACAUUGGCAAACGCAAGACGUCAUGCCGAUAGCUUCGUUUGAUACCGCCGGUUCUAUUUUGUUGUUGGGGUGUAAUAAUGGAUGUAUUUAUUAUAUUGAUAUGCAAAAGUUUCCUCUAAGAAUGAAAGAUAACGAUUUACUUGUGACAGAAUUGUAUCGCGAUCCAAACAAUGAUACUGUUACAGCAAUUUCAGUUUACCUUACACCAAAAACCAAUCUGUGUGGUAAUUGGAUCGAAAUCGCUUAUGGCACCACUUCAGGAGCUGUUCGAGUGAUAGUGCAACAUCCGGAGACUGUAGGACACGGUCCACAAUUGUUUCAGACUUUUACAGUGCAUCAAAGCCGAGUAACAAAAGUUACUCUGUCUGAGAAAUUCUUAGUCUCAGUCUGUUCCGAAUACAACCACGUACGUUCCUGGCGCGUGACUCGCUUCAGAGGCAUGCUCAGCACCCAACCAGGCUCGACACCGGAAGCGUCUUUCAAAAUUGUGGCUUUAGAAGCUGCUGAACCUACCAUGGGGCCUUUAGGUGGCUCGUCCAGCGGCCUAGCUUCAGCUUCCAUUGUCGGAAACGAUUGUGGUCCGUUUGGGGAACAAGACGACGAACAAGUGUUCGUUCAGAAAGUGGUACCAGAUGCUGACCAAUUAUUUGUCAGGCUGGCAAGUAACGGAAAAAGGGUAUGUACGAUAAAAGCUGUAGAUAACAGUACCGUUAGCGCAUUUUGCGUGCACGAAUGCGAAGGCUCCAGUCGUAUGGGUUCCAGACCACGUAGGUUCAUAUUUACUGGCCACUCUAAUGGUUCCAUACAAAUGUGGGACCUCACUACUGCUCUGGAUCUCUGUUAUAAGACUGAUGUUGUAAAAACUGAUGGUGGUCCUUCAUCAUCUGAACUACUCCGUAUGCUGGAUCAGUGCGAUAUCAGCAACAGUCUUUGUUCCACUCCCUGUAUGUCGCCUUGUCCGACUCUAGCGGCAGCUGCUCGUCUGAAAGCCAGCAAUGUGGCCUUUUUGAAUCAGCAAUUGCACCACGACAGCGACCGGAGCAGCAGUUCGACCUGAUGGGAGCGAAAACUUGAUUUUAUGUGCAAUGACGGUAACGAUGAUAAUUGUAUUAUUGAGGAUUUGUUGAAUGGUUUGUUGGCGUUAUCAAGAGGAAUUUUUAAAUUAUAAACACAUUUAUUUAGUUGUUGUUUUGUGUUGCUACACCUAUUUAAAUAUAGAUAAGUACUGCAACAACAACAAACAAUAUUUAUAUUUUGUUACAGUUAUUAUUGUUAGAAAUUAUUUAAUCUUAUUUUUGGUAUUUAAAAUAAAUAAAAUUGAUUAUA